CUAGAUCCAGAUGUAGGACAUCCAGUACCUGGACCAUGCAUGCGGUGCUAGCCAAGCUACGCGAACACGAGCUCUACUUUAUAGGCCGCUCCUGUGUGCAUUUGAUUCCUGUAUCUCAGUGUGAUGAUAGACAUCCUCGAUGGUACUGGAGGAUCAAGAUUGCAGCAGACAACGACGCAAGCAGAACAGAAUUUCCCAUGCCGAGUUAUCUCUGUUGUUGGAGACAAGGAAGGUCCAGGAGAGGGACGGGCGAUCGUCUCGGUAUCAAUUAAUCGGGUCUGUUGCAAGCAGAGCGGCCCUUCCCAACAGGGGAAAGGUGGCAGUUGGCCCUGACUGCUGAUCAUCCAUCUGCAUCCCCAUCAUAUAUAGCACAACCCCUCUUGGAAUGACCCGUCCUUGACCUCCAUAAGUCAUUCUCUCACUAACACCCACUCCCCCUUCCUCCCAUGCACCAUGACAACCGCGCAGCUGGUGCAACUCACCCUCUCCGAUGAGGAACUCUCCACCAAACCCCUCACCUCGCACCACCUCCAAGCCGCCCUCGAAGCCCUGCACCAAGAUGGCGUCUGCAUCAUCACGAACGGACUCAACCCAGCACGCUGUGUUGCCGAGAGAUGUAAAGAGGUUGGUGGAUUGGGGGCGCUUGGUGCCGUGGGUGGAGUGGGUGGAGGAGGGGGUAUGAUUAUUUGAGGGGGAAGCAUGAUCAUGAUUUUUCGUUGUUGCCAUAGAGUCGAGCUGCUUCUAUCGAUGGAAAUAGGGACUUACCUGGCUAGAAGGUCAUCACGUACUAUUUUCUUUUGAUAAAUUCACCAGCUAUUCAAACAAUCCGUCUUAAUUCGAUAGCUUUUCGAGCAUCGGAAGAAGGAGUUUACCGAUCUCAUGAACAGACAUCUCAAAGACCCCCAAAAUAUUUCUGGCGAGUGCGUUCCAUGGCUAGCUCUUCGGGCAUUGGAAGAAGGAAACCAUCGAUCUCAUGAACCCAAAAAGAAUUUUGUGGAUUGACUUGAUAAGCAGUGGUAUAUUC